ACUCUGGAUCAGUCCAGAUGUGGAGUGUGUGAGAGGGUACUGAGGGACCCAGUCAUCACCACCUGUGGACACAGUUUCUGCAGGCAGUGCAUCAGCAGCUACUGGGAGCAGCCUGGACUACCAGGAGACCAAGCCUGUCCCCAGUGUGGAAAGACAUGCAGAACUCAACCUCCUCUACAGCCUCUUCUGGAUGAACCCACAGACAUGGUAGAAAGCAGCAGACACCGGCACACUGAACACACACCAGACAGAAGGAGCAAACCAGCUGAUGAAGUCCUGAGGAGAGUUAUAGAGAAGCAUAAAGCCAUUCUGAAGAGGAAGUUUGAGAACAUAUCUGAAGGCAUUAUAAAACCAGGAGCUCAGACACUCCUCAAUAAGAUCUACACAGAGCUCUACAUCACAGAGGGAGAGAGUGAAGGGGUGAAUAAGGAACAUGAGGUUUGGCAGGUAGAGUCAGCAUCCAGAGCACAAACCACAGAAGACACACCCAUCAACUGCAAUGACAUCUUCAAGCCCUUACCUGGUCAGGAGAAGAACAUCAGAACUGUGAUGACCAAAGGUGUUGCUGGCAUUGGAAAAACAGUUUCAGUGCAGAAGUUCAUUCUUGAUUGGAUAGAUGGGGUAACCAAUAAGAAUGUAGACUUUAUAUUUCCCCUUCCUUUCCGUGAGCUGAAUUUGGUCAGGAGUGAUCAGUAUAGUCUUCACAAGCUUCUGCUUGACUUCCAUCCAGAACUGAAGGAGCUGAAGGAUGGUGAAGAAUACAACAACUGUCAGGUUUUGUUCAUCUUUGAUGGUUUGGAUGAAAGCCGAUUACCUCUGAAUUACCAACAGAACAUGAUAUCUGAUUUAAAACAAACAUCAUCAGUGGAUGUUCUGAUGACGAGCCUCAUUCAGGGAACUCUGCUUCCCUCUGCACACAUCUGGAUAACCUCACGACCAGCAGCAGCCAGUCAAAUUCCUGCUCAGUGCAUCGAUCAGGUGACAGAAGUACGAGGGUUUAAUGACCCACAAAAGGAAGAGUACUUCAGGAAGAGAAUCAGUGAUGAGAGUCAGGCCAGCAGAAUCAUCUCACACAUUAAGGCAUCCAGGAGUCUCCACAUCAUGUGCCACAUUCCAGUCUUCUGUUGGAUUGCAGCCACUGUACUUCAGCAGAUGCUGGACAAGACGGAAGACAUUCCCAAAACUCUGACUGAGAUGUUCAUACGCUUCUUGCUCAUCCAGACCAGAAGGAAGGAUCAGAAGUAUCAGAGUGGAACUGAGACAGAUGAAGAGAAACUUCUAAAAUCUCAGAAGGACAUUUUACUGAAGCUUGGAGAACUGGCUUUCAAUAAUCUAGAGAAUGGCAAUCUGAUGUUUUACGAGGGAGAUCUGAGAAAGUCUGGCAUUGAUGUCAGUGAAGCCUCAGUGUACUCUGGCAUGUGCACUGAAAUCUUCAAGGAAGAAUCUGUGUUUCACCAGAGGAAGGUCUACUGCUUUGUGCACCUGAGCAUCCAGGAGUUUCUGGCAGCUGUGUUUGUGUUUCACUCUUAUGUGACUGGGAACCUUGAGGCCCUGAAAUCCCUCCUCAGUGAAGAACACAAACCCAGUCCAUCUGUUUUAUCAUCUCUUCAAUCAGUGCUGGGCUUACAAUCUAAUGACCAUCUACAUGUGUUACUUAAGAGUGCAGUGGAUGAGGCUCUGAAGAGCAGAAAUGGACACCUUGAUCUUUUUCUUCGCUUCCUUAUGGGCAUCUCUCUGGAGAGCAAUCAGAGACUUUUGAAAGGUCUACUGAACCAGAAACACAGCAGCUCAAAGAGCACCAAGGAAAUAUGUCAAUACAUUAAGAAGCUCAACAGGGAAGAUCUCUCUCCUGAACGAUGCAUCAAUCUUUUUCAUUGCUUAUUUGAAAUGAACGAUCAUUCCAUGAACAAAGAAAUUAAGAAAUAUCUGGAGUCACCAAAGAACAUCAACCAGAAAUUGUCUCCUGCCCACUGUUCAGCACUGGCCCACAUGCUUCUGAUGUCUGAGGAGGUGCUGGAUGAGUUUGACCUGAAGAAAUACAACACAUCAGAUGAGGGACGCAGGAGAUUGCUCCCUGCUGUGAGAUGCUACAGAAGGGCACGACUUGCUGAAUGCAAACUCACAGAUAAGUCCUUUGGAAUUGUAGCUGGACCUGUGUAA